UUCUCCACUGGUCGACCUUUUCCUCACUUUGGCUCUCCUCCUUUCUCAGUCAUUCAGCCGUCGUAGAUAUCCCAGAUCUGCAUGGCGCCCCCUGUAGUUUUCUCCUCUGUAGUUGGUUUCAGCUGCCUGCUUCGCCCGCACGUCCGGUUCCAGCGCAGGGCGUCGGUUCUGAGAGCACGCGGGCUGUUUUUUUUGCUAGUAGCACGCGAGCUGUUGAGGCGCCAACGCAGGGCAGUCCCUGCGCUGGCUAGCGCGGCGACGAGCAAGGGUGCGGCAACCAACCUGGUGUACGAUCAGGUCGGGGACCACGACCCCCUCGUCAACGUAGGCGGCGGCUUGCGUGCGACCUGCUCGCAAGCAGGGGAUGCCUCGUCCGGCGUGUAUGACGAGACCACUGCUUUUAAACCUGACCGGGACGUAGACGAAGCGAGCAGGUCUGGCUUAAAUGCUCCUGUUUAGUAAUUUAGGAUCUUAUCUUAUGUGUGUGUGCUGUUUGUAUGUCUGACUUUGAGUUUGAUUUAUCCGAAAAAAUGUGUUGUACGUCUGUUCUGGAAUAAAACGUAGGUAAAUUUCAAA